CCAUGAUUCGCCAAGUCGCCUCUCGAGCCGCCGCCCGUAUGGGCCCAAGCAUCCGCCAAGCGGCGCCCGCUGUCCUCACCCGCAGCUUCCACGCCGCUUCUCUUCCACGUGCCAAGGCGUCGAAUGCCGCUGCCAUGUCGAUGGCAUUCCUCCUGGCGUCUGCAACGUCGGCCACACUCUUGUACGCCAAGGAGAAGCCCGUCAAUUUGGCGGCAGUCCGAGAUGACAUUGUGGCGUUGAUCGAGUCCGACAACUCGCUAGCUCCUACGUUGAUCCGAUUGGCGUGGCACUCCUCUGGCACGUACAGCAAAGUGGACGGCAGCGGCGGUUCCAAGGGCGGUACCAUUCGGCACGACCCGGAAAUCAACCACGGUGGCAACCACGGCCUCGUGAUCGUCAUCGAGAAGCUGAACGCCAUCAAGGCCAAGUACCCGACGCUGUCCCAUGCUGAUUUGUACAUUUAUGCUGGUGUCGUCGCGAUCUCGGAAAUGGGUGGUCCUGAAGUGCCAUUUCGAUUGGGGCGCAAGGACGCGCCUUCUCAAACCGCGUGCACGCCCGACGACCGUCUCCCCGCGGCGGAUAAGGGCUCCAAGCCCAACACGAUCAAACACAUCCGGGAUGUGUUUUACCGCAUGGGGUUCAACGACCGGGAAAUUGUCGCACUGAUCGGCGCGCACGCCGUUGGCCGGUGCUACCCAACCCGCAGCGGCUACAGCGGCCCAUGGACUCGCGCAGAGACGACGUUCUCGAACGAAUACUUCCGCGAACUGGUUGAAAACAAGUGGACGCUCAAGAAGUGGGAUGGCCCGGAACAGUACACGGACCCGACCGGCGACCUCAUGAUGCUUCCGGCCGACAUGGCGUUCCUGUGGGACCCGCAGUUCAAAAAGUACGUCGACUUGUACGCCAAGGAUGAAGACGUGUGGCACAAGGACUUUGCCAAGGCGUUCCAGAAGCUCACCGAGAACGGAGUCAAAUUCUAAUGAAUACAUGAUGCCUUGUACCCAUUCCAAACACGAGCAAGUCGCCAUGACGAGGGAAGACGUGGCCAACUCCUCGUUGCCACAUCAAACAUUG